AGGCUAACGUCUCUAAGUUAGAUCAGAUUUGGGGAUUUCAACUUCGGAGCUUCUGAGCAGUAUUUUGACGGUUAACAUACAAAUACCCUUUCGAUACUUACGCCCUCGUCGACUCGCAUCGGAAACCUCCCUGUAUCCAUUCGCUCGCGGUCAAUUCGUCAAUACCGUCAAAAUGGUUGCCAUGUACAAUAUUUUCGGCCGCCAGAUCGGCUCCCAUUACCUCGCAAUGGGUGUUCUCGCUACCCUAUUCACCGGCACCUACGUCGGAUUCAGUGGUGGAAGCAAGAAGACUACUCAGACCCCUCCCAUCAACGCAUCAAGCCCUGACGAGGCCGAUUUCAUCCAGAACUUCUUGAAACAAGCCGAUGCGGACGAGAAGGCAGCGAAGCAUUAGAUUUGAUCGGAUAAUCCAACCGGUCCGGGUCUUAGUCAAUUGUACAUAAUAGAUGCGGUUACAAUGAGCAGGCAACCUGAGAAGGAACUUUGAAAUCACCCGAAGUCCUCUUAUUCUAUAUAAAGUCUCUAUGUGAUAUUGUCGAAACACUUGGGGCCUAUGAACGGCAUGCGCAAAAAAUAGCAUCAUUGAAUCAUUGAUCAUAACGUCCCUUGUUGCUCCGGAAGAGUUAAACGUAAAGUACGUCUCUGAAACUUUCAGUAAGCGAGAGUCGACAACACAUACGUCAAGGCUCGACUUGCUGUCCUAGCAUGUCGAGAAACAGAGACAGGCCUUAAGAUAAUAGAAGGAGAAGAUCAUAUUAGAUCAUUCUUUAACCUUACUUAAUCUUCCCUGCCUCUAUACCUUAAGUAGGCAGGGCAGGCAGAGUCAACAAUCACUCUCAUGAACAUUUUGAAACCAGUAAUGGAGUUAUCCACUACACGUCGCUUCAUAUCCGUAAAGCAAAUUUAAACAUACGGU